AAGUGGGAGGCUGGUAUUGUUUUGGAGACCGGAUGCUGUUGACAAAGGGAAGAAAAGCUAUGUACCUGUCUUCUGGUAAUGGUCCACCUAAUCUAACAAUUAUUUUCAUGUAGCACGACACUUUAGCAUUACCCUCUCGUCCAAAGAAUCUGUUUCUCUCCAGCUUCAGCUACUCUUUUACUGAGAAACAGAGAAGUUGAGCAAUUUGUCCAGGUUCGCACAGGCUAAGACAUGGCAGAGCUCUGGUUAGAGCUUGGACCCCGAGGCUCUAGAGUAUAGGGGAGGUAGGAAGACAGAAAUUGUGGACAGGGGUUCUGAGUCCCCGGCUCCAGGCUGAAACCACGGGGCAGGUGUGAGGUGAUGGGGGCAAAGGGCCCAGAACUCCAGACACAGAGACAGAGACAGGAAAGCAGCCAAGGGAUUAUGCCUAUCAGGUAGUGGCCUCACAGUUAUUCCUGUACCCACAUGAGUGGCCACAGGAUAAAAAAGACCUUGCCUUCUAGUCUCCCCAAGGUGCCUUUGUGGUGUGGAAAAGGUGACAUUCCAGCAUGACUCCCACGGAAGAGCCCGAGGCCUGCUGACAGCCACUGUGGUGAGGUAGGGUAGCCUACAGUCCUGGCUACAGGGAGAUAGCCCACCCCCAGAGAAAGGACAGUGGGAGGAUGCACAGCAUUGGUGAGAACCCAGGGGACCAGUGAGGGCAGAGGUAGAAGGAACACUGCCUGCAUUUACCAGUCUUAUUCCAGUAGCAAGAGGCAGUGAGCUGGAGCCUUAUGAGGAAGUUCGGGUUAAUUGUAAAAAAUAGAGGGAGCUAUUGGUUUCUUGUACAAUUUGGGGGCGGCAGGUAAGCUAAAUAGCAACGUGGGUUAUUUUUGACUACUUGUGAGCUCUCACGGAACCAACAUUAGGAAAAAAACCUCAGCUUUGGAGUCAGGCCGAGCUGGUUCCUUCCAGGUGAGAAGUUGCCAUGAGUGUUUUUGUGAGGGGAAAGAAAACCUCACUUUCCCUUGUUGCAAGAUGAAAAUUCAGUGCCUGCCUCCCUGGGGUUGGUGGGUGGGAGGAUUAAAUAAGACAGCUGAGGAUCACAACAGUGUCUGGCUCCCUUCCUCUAUUGUAAACUGAUCUGCAAUUUGCUAAGCAAAUAAAGGAGGGAGAGUCAUUUCUGAUCAAUUACAAGAUUCAUAAAACGUUUGGAAAAAAAGUGUGGCAACCAAGAGUAAAGUGUGGGACACAGGCCAAAAAUGUUCUACCUGUAAAGGGUGGGGACGCUUCAGGCAUUUUCCUAAUUGACCUUAGAAAUCAUAAAUUUGACCUGAAAAUUUUUUCUUCCUUGUAAAUUUCCCUGAGUGUCGGAUGUGUCUCCGGAGACUUCUCAGGAAGGCUUCCAAGUGUUUCAAAAUCAUCUUUAGAUAAUUUAUUCAAAGCCUCAAAUAUUAUCUUUUGUACUCAAACUGCAUAUGCUUAAAACUAACAGGUGUUCCUGUUAAAAUGCUUCUCAUUUUCACUUCUCACAACCCAACAUGAGAUUUCAAAUAUUCUAAAGAGCCAGAGGUGUUUCUUCCUUUUUUAAAGUAAGAAGUUGACAACUAUCCUUGAAAUGUUAAAAAAAAAAAAAAAAAAAAAAAAAGCAGCUGAAAAUUUGCGUACAGUGAUGGUCUCUGGGGAGUGGGGUUUUGGGGGAAACUAAUACUUUAUACCCGGUGUUAUCUAAAUUAGUGCGGGCAUAGAUUGCUUCGGCAAUUUUUCAUAAGCAUUCAAAAAUCAGGGUGGAAUUCUGACAUCUGAAUCUAUUCUUCCCGUUUAAACAUAUGUUCCCAGGAAUAGCUGCAAAUCUCUGAAUCCUAUGUGUGAGUGGCUAAGGAACAGAGCCCUGGAGACAGCCAGUUUUGCUGGCCCUUAGCUGUGUGGUAGGUACCCUUACAGCUCUGAUCUGUGGUGAGAAAAAAGCUGUGUUGAGAACCUAACGUCUUUCUCUGACUCCGCGGCCGAGUGGCAGAGGGUCCUGAGAAAUCCAAACAAACCUCCCUCUUCACUAGCCUGAGAGUCUAAUUUCUGCACCACUGCUAAGCAGUUAGAGUUCAGAUUUGGCCUAAUCCCUGUCCCCUUUGGCAGAUAGGUUGCUCUUUUCUUCUCUGAUGACACUUUGCCAAAAGCAAACAGGAACCAUGCCAAUGCAAAGACUACCUAUUACAACAGGUAACAGGUGAGUGGUAGCCAAACGUAAGCUGUUGACCAACUUGGUGGUGACCCCCCAAAUGACCUCACAUAAAAAUAAAACAGUGGCAUUAGUCCUUGAUGUAGACCAUGGAUACAAUCCUAAUUACAGGAAGCAUCGUUGGGAAACCGCUGACUUUAUGGACCUGUACCAUGCCCUUUGAGAACAGUGUGCUGGCUGUCAAAGGUAGGCUGAGGACAAGUCCCACCCUCUUCCUGGCCCUUUCCAAAAGUGGCUGCUCCAAAGGCUCUCCUAAGGCACCUGGAGUUGUCCCUGGUAGGCCCCCCGGGGUCUCCCUGACCAUACCCUCUGCUAUGGCCACUGAAUGCUCAGCACAGCCUUCAGGAUUCAGAGCACAGCUUGGAAAGGGAAUCAGGCAGGGGCUGGGCAGGUGCCUAACAUGAUAUGACAUGUGGUUCUUAAGCCCAGCAGCCCAACCAGUUUCUUUGUGUGGAUGUGAAUGCAUAAAAGCUGACUUUAAAAAGAUAUCCCCAACUACUGAUUUGCUCACCAAACUGUCCCAACACAUGGUCUAAAUUGUAUCUCUAAUCUCUAGCAAGAGAGGAGGGCCAGUGGAGCGCAACUGUUAGCCAGUCUCGGGCAGCAGGGAAUGUCUCGAUUGGCUGCCAGGAACCAGCAAGAUCCUGGGGGAGCUGAACCAGACACUGGCAUCUUCCCAUGUGCCCUUCAAAGCUGGAAACCAGAUAGCCAGUUGGCUAGAAGGGCACACUCAUUAAGGCAAAGGACAGAUGGCCAUGAUACCACAAGGGCAAACACAAAUUCUGAGUAUCUGCAUGGCUUGCCUCCACCAACAGAAGCUCCCUGAGGUCAGGCCCAGCGUCUUCCAUGUCUCCUGGGCCAAGCGCAUGGCCUAGCCCACAGAAUACAUUCAGUGAAUAGGUGACAAGCAGCCUUCUGCACCCACUGGCAGACUCUUCCCUAUGGCCACCCUUGUAAGAUGUUUGCUUCUCCACACAUUUGCUCAGGCUGAUCUUCUACCUGAAGUGCCCUUUCACUUCAUCAUAAACAUCCAUCAAAGUCCAGCUGCAGCCCCACCCCCUUAACAGCUAUAUCGAUAUCCACCACGUCGCACAUGGCCUCUCACACAUGCCCUCGCUCGUGCUUGUGCCCAUUUCACAGAUGGGAAGCAGACUCAGAAGCAUUCAGUGGCAAGUUCCAGGGUCACACUGCUGAUAAAUCCUGUGCAAAGCAAGAGCUCAAACCCACGUCAUCUGAUUCCAGGCUCUCUGCUCCCUACAUUUCACCAAUUGCUUAGAAGUCCUCCCUGAGGUUUGCAAAGAGUUUUAUGGUCCUCCUGCCCCAUCUUAGGAAUGAACAGGAAGAUCUGUGUGUGAUGGAAUUAUUACUGACACUAAAAGUUAACGUUCAACACCGGGAAGUGGCCCUUCCCUGGCAGGGGUUUGCCACUCUGACCACUGAAGCCAGCUCUGGGAGCUCCCGUGGCCGGGCAUUUAUAGCUCUGUGUGUUACAGUUCACUAAAUACUCUCAACUUCUCGAAAAGCUGGUUUUUUCCUCUUGGGAGCGGCUGACUCUACCCUUUAUGAGAAUUGCAAGCCUGCUGGUGCCCUGCCCAUUGGGAAACACCUCACUCUGUCACUCUAUAAAUGUCUGAGGUGGCCCCAAGGGAGGACUUGUGCGGCACCGCUGUCUCCCCAGGACGUGAAGUUCCCACCACCCACCAUGAGGUUUCUAGCCCUCUCCAGAUUGCUCUGCAUCUUGCUCCUCUGCUUCUCCAUCUUCUCCGUGGAAGGGAGAAGGCAUUCUAGGCAACUUGCCAAGCCCCGGAAAGGCAAGCUUUGCUGUUCCCGAGUUCCUAGUCCUGUCCCGACGGCCCAGAAAGGGCGCCACGUGAGGAUCUGCAGACAGUGCAAAGUCAAGCCAGGGUCCCGCACUUGGGUAGUACCUGGGGCUCUCCCGCAAGUGUAAUGCUGCCCAAACAAGUCGGCACACAGGUUGAGACCCUCAUGCCCAGUGCCUGAGGCACCCAGAAGUCUCAGUUUCUCUCAGGAUGCUCCUCUUGAAGCUGGGGCUGAGGGCAGAGAUGCCAAGGGCCUUGGCCCAUGGAAGCUUCUGCCCAUGAACUAUAAGCCUCUUCUCUUAAAGACACAACAUUUCUUCCCUGCUAUGUUGGAAUGUGCUCACGCUGCCUUUUAGAAAAGCCUGAACCAGAAUUUUCUGAAAACCACAACCUGGAUACAAAGGUCAAAACGCUGGAAUGGCUGUCUUGCUGUGUGGCCUUGGACAAGUAACUUAGCCUCUCUGGGUGCAUGUUGGCUUCAGAGAUGUAAAGUUCAGAGACCGAAAAACCCUCUAAGGAAGACCAUCAGUCACUGGCACCAAUGGGUUUCACUAUGCAUUUCAACCUUCCCGGCAGUGAGCUGGGAUGUUGUGGGGCUUCAUCUUGGUCAGCAAGGGCCCUGAGAAAGUUCCGGAAUUCUAGAUGCUAGUCCCACUCAUGCCCCCCACUUUCUGAGUUAUUCAGGCUCAGCCCACCUGGUCUCAGUCCCCUCCUGGCCUCUACAGUGUUGACAGUCAAGAUUCCACUGUGACUUUUGACAGCUACAAACUCAGACAAUUCUGAUCCUGCUAGGGAGCAGGUAACAGGUCCCUAAGAGCAGUGACCAAGACUGCAUCCUGAGGUACACACAGCCCUUAACUGUCCCACAUCCGAUGGCCUCUGAAGGAACCCCUUCCUAACUUCCUGAUGUGAAUCUGCUGGAAAGAACACUGAAACAAAACAAACAAAAAACCCCAAAUAAUAAAUAAAUAAAUAAAUAAAUAAAUAAAUAAAUAAAUA